GCUGAUUGUGGCAGGCUAGAGGCGGGCCGAGCCCGCCUCAUAGAAUGGUUCGUCCCGUUGCCAUGACUCCCGCCGCUCAGACCCAAAGCUUCCCGUCUGCAUCAGAAUAGAAGGUCCGGUUGCUAUGACUCCCUUAGCCCCGCCCUCCGGCUGUCACUAGCGCCGCUCCCGGGGCUGAAGCGGGCUGGGCUGCCUCCCGCCCGCGCCGCAUGGAGGAGCCUGCGCGGGAUAUAGUACAGGUGGAAGACAUACUUGAGAGGCUCAAGGAAGAAGGAAUCAACCCUUCAGCUUCUGCAGAUGAGCAACUUUGUUAUGUUUGGCAAUUAUUCCUGCGUAAUGAAGACAAGUUACGGUCUGCUAGUCAGGACUUAGAGAACCUCAGACAACAGCAAGCAGAAGAAAUGAGAGAGGUGGAAAAUUAUGUGGGCCAUGUCCGUACCCUCACAGCAGAGCGAGAUGCUUUCACCACUGAGUUUGAAAAAGAAAAUGAACAACUCAGAAUUGAGUUUACACAACUGCAACUCCAGCAGGAAGCCCAGCUGAAGGAGGUGGAGGAAAUGCUGGAACAGGAAGGCUUGUCUGAGAUAGCUCACAGCAGUCCCAGCGAACAAAUUGCUUAUUUACUAGUAGAAAGAACUACGCUGCUGGAGAAACUAGAGAUUGCAGAUCAAAAGCAGGAUUCGCAUAGCUGCAUAGACGGACUGUGUGCAGCACAACUUCAGGAUAAGUUUGAUCGUAUCCACCAGACGUUAGAAGAUGAACUUCAGCAACAAGGCGAAUCCAUGCAGCAUACUAAAGAGACAAUGAAUAAGUCCCAUAAUGAAGAGCUGGAAAGAGAGAAAGUGUUACGAAAGCGGGUUGAGCGAGACCUGGAUGAGGCCGCACGGAGGCUGCAGAUGGCUCACGAAGAGAUCCGCAGGCUAACAGAUGAACUGGACAUGCAGAAAAAGGAGCAAAGCAAACUGGAUCCUGCUUUGCGGCUGGCGUCACAAACAUCUGAGAGCUGGAGAGAAGAGAUGAAUAAGCUGAAAGACAGUGAUAGGACUAAGCUGCAGAAGGCCAUGGAACACAACAACAGACUGGACAAGGAAAUUCUGGCAUUGCGCAGUCGGGUCCGAUCGCUUGACUUGGAAAGAAAAGUGUUCCUAGAACUGGUUGAAAAGCUCAAAGAAGAGAUUUGUGAGUAUCAAAAGAAUGAGAAACCAGGACCUGUAUUGCCUGGAAUGGAUGAAACAGAAGAAAACGCAUGUUGCUCACUGCAGAUGCAGGAUAAAAAGGAUCCAACGAGGUCUGAAGAAGAGUGUGCUAUAGACAAAGCUGACUCAGGUCAGGAAAGAAGAGAUCAGAAUAACGAGACUGUUCAUAAAAGGUGCCGAAAGGUAAUAGAUGACAUCAAGGGCAGGAAUUUUCAGCUCCUGCACAAGCUACAGAAGCUGCAGCGGGAACACGAGGAUUUGGUUGAACGUAAUGAAGAGUUAGAAUCGAUUCUGGGAGAGACUCAGAACCAAACCAGAGAAGAGAGAGAACAUCUUGAGGGUGAGAUCGAAGGACUUCACAGGAAAGUAAGUCAGAAUUAA